CCCCUAUUCCACAAUGCCUCCCAAGAAGACCACCACCACCUCGACCAAGAAGGCCGGCUCGAGCCACGCCUCCUACCGUGAUAUGAUCAAGGAUGCUAUCCUGAAUCUGAAAGAGCGCAAUGGCAGCAGCCGUCAGUCCAUCAAAAAGUAUGUUCAGGCGAACAACAAGAUUGCUUCCGCCUCCACGAACGCCUUCGACAGCCAGUUCAACAAGGCCAUCAAGGCCGGUGUUGAGAAGGGCGAGUUCGUCCAGCCCAAGGGCCCAUCCGGACCCGUGAAGCUUGCCAAGAAGGAGACCACUCCCAAGCCUGCUGCUGCUAAGAAGACUUCUACCACCAAGGCUGCUGCCCCUAAGAAGACUGCUGCUAAGAAGGCCGAGAAGGCCGAGAAGACCGAAAAGACCGAGAAGCCCAAGGCUAAGAAGGCCACCACCGCCGCGAAGGGCGCCACCACUGCUAAGAAGCCUGUUGGCAGACCCAAAGCUAACACCGCCAAGCCCCGCAAGGCCUCCACCACUGCCCCCGCCGUUGUCGAUAAGCCCAAGGUUCUCGGCACGACCAAGUCUGGCCGUGUGACCAAGACGACGGCUAAGCCUGCAGAAAAGGCCACCAAGAAGACCGCGAAGAAGGCUUAAAGCUCUCCGCGAUCAUGUGAUUACGGUUCUUCCUAGUCGGCGAUGUGUGCCCAUGGUAAUAUCUCCUGGGCCAUAUUCCUUUCUCACUUCUGUUGUAAUUUUUUUGCACCUUGGCCACUUUUCUUCUUUUGAUCAAUGGGGGAACUGCUUCUGGGAUAUGCCGUGGAUCGUUUACUAUUUUGUUUUCACUCAGUGUCGGUUGGGUUGGCGUCUUGCGAUGGAUCUUGCAACGGGAUAUGUCAUUUUUUUGCUUGCCUGUCAUGUUUGGGGCACCCGUCUAAGGGCAGGUGUAAUGUUAUGCAAUGAAACUGCUUGUCCUCUUUUCCACUGAGCUCGCGGAUGAGAUGCCGUGUUGCCGAUACGAAGACGGGUCGGUCGAGGCAUCAUCUAUGCAUGGUCUAUUAGUUAGGCCGUGAGCGCGAGACCAGUACUAAGCCGCCGUGCUAGGGUAGGGUCUGAAUGGCGCCUAGUGAUGCGCAGAGAU